UAUUUAGAUUUUUGCAACGAUUAACAAUAUUAUAUUGACAAUGAAUUACCGCCUUUAGUCUUUACAUGUAUUUGAACGUCUUGAUUCAUCUUCAUGGUAUAGUCAGCUGUUGUUGUUGCUAGCUAGCGAUCAUUUCGUAGCUAACGUUAGCUAUCUAGCUACCCAAAUGGUUCCUCCAGCUGCAACUAAUUAUUUUGAUGUUUCUAUCUAGCUUGCUAUCAAAUUGAGACAAAUGUAGCUAUGUAUGAGGGACCAUCUCUAUUUUGGACCGUUUUCAAGGACUGUCAAUCUGAAUUUAAAGUGCAGUUUUUUUUCUUCCAGUGGAACGUCUGUUACGUAACGUAAUUUGUUGCACUGUCAACACAGUUUGUACUUGCAAGAAACGUCUGGCCAAGGUGCAUUGGGAAAGGAUAGCCAGCUAGUUUGUAAACAAUGGCAACCAUGCGUCGUCCAAGGUACUCUCUCCGAGACUCUCUGUACUGGGAUGAGACUGAGUGCCUGACUUACUAUGGGAUGCUCUCUCUACACGAGAUGUUUGAAGUUGUCGGUUCUCAACUGACAGAGACAGACGUUGAGGUGCUGUCGUUCCUCUUGGAUGAGACCUAUCCGGCUGGAGGGCACCCCUUGGACCCAGCUGGCUGGACCAGCGAGCCCGGUGAGGAAGACCCUGAGGCCAGUAAAGGAGUCUCCCCCAGCCCAGUGCUCCUGGAGGCCUGGCGGCGGUUACAGCCMAAGGGUCCUGCCUUGGCCUGCCCUACUGCUGCCCGCCACAAGCCCAAGAGUGGUCUAGAACUGCUGCUGGAGCUGGAGAGACGUGGGUACCUCAGUGAGGGUAACCUGGAGCCCCUGUUGCAGCUGCUGCGAGUCYUGACRCGRCAYGACCUCCUGCCUUUGGUGUCCCGCAARAAAAGGAGGACAGUAUCACCAGAACGUUUCAGAGUGGACUACGGGACAGAGGACAGAAGACAGGUUUGCACAUCUGGAUUGACUGACCCCUGUGCACAGACAGAAUCACAUGAYGAACACRCCACACAGCAAUGGAGGGGGGGUGUUGACUCUGCCAGGCCAACGCCCGCCCCCCUACGGAAGAAGAGGGGUAAAGGCCGCCGCUGGACCAGCAAGCCCACCGCCCACAGGAGAAGAGCGGGCAUCCCCGAAACGCCUCCCCCACCUAUACCUGAGAAAGUGACCUGCGGUAAGACCAGCCUCCAUGCCUUUCUCUUUCUCUCUAGUUUCCCUUCCAUCUCUCUUUCUCUAUUUUCUUUCCAUCUCUCUCUUUAACCCACUUGCUCAUUCACCACACUCUCUCUUGGUUCCUCUCUUGCCAUUAUACAUGUGUCUGAGUCUCUCUCUCUGGCUUACAUCCAUUUUCUAUCUCACUUCUAAUGAGAAGCUGUAAGCACCAUCACCCCAACAGUCCUUAAUAACAGUGAUGAUACUAAAAAUCUCUGCCAUAUCAGAAUGUCCCAGGCACCACCUUGUCUCACCAGUAAGUUUGAACUUAAAAUGUCCAUAUCAAGCAACCUUGAAUCCAUGUCAGCCAGUGCCGUGUUCAUGUCCUCACAUAAGAUAACGACUUCAGUUUGCUCCCUCUGCUCAGCCUAUACCCUGACCAUAAGCUGACCGUCCCACCCUUGCUGGUUUGAGAAUGGUUUGCAUGGGCCUCCUGGGAGAUCAAUACUACCCUGCAGGCAUGUUGGACUGAGUGGGCUGUGCUGUAACGAUACUGUGAGAGCAGAGCAUGUGUGAAUGAGUGACUGCUCAUCAGUAAAUACAACCCAUACUGACUGGCUGUGUUUGACCUGACUUAACCCCUCAACCUGGUCAUCAUAUGCUCUCUGUGGUGGUGAAACUGUCUCGCACUCAAACAUCACCAGGGGAGCAGAGACAGCGUUUUACACACUCCCGGGGUCUUUGAUUGUGUGCUCCCUGCCACACUAACAAAAAUAACAACCUGAAACUGAAUGAAAUGAAAUCUAUCUGGUCUGUUGUUUCGUGAUGACCGUAGCACAGAGUGGAAUUGGGUUGGCUCGCCGACAACUCCCAACUAUCAAAUAUACUAGGCCUAUGUCAGCCAUUGUCUUCAUCAUUACCCGCUAGUGUCUCAAACUGAAUAAGCAUCCAGCCUUAAUACUUGCCUUUUACCUAUCCUGGCCAUUCAGAUAAUGGGGAGGACACAAUGGAAGGAAGCCUCUUUAGACUAUUGAGAUGCACCCUAAGAGGAAUUCACACACCCAAUGCACAGCUGUGUGAGUCAGCGUUUCUGUCUGAGCUCCACACAGCAGUGUGAGUCAGCGUUUCUGUCUGAGCUCCACACAGCAGUGUGAGUCAGCGUUUCUGUCUGAGCUCACCAGG